AAGAACUACAAUAACCGCAAGUCUUUCCGCGCGCAUGUCGGAAGCUGUCGAGGAGGUCAAAAAAGAAAGAAAGAAAAAAAAAAAAGCGAGCCGGCAAGUGGAAGAUCGUCAAGUCGUGGAGACUGUGUGAAGUGGCGCCCAUGGCUCUGCGGCUGCUCAAAGUCCCCACCAUCGCCGCCACUGGAUUGCUCGCAUCUUCGGGAAUGUACUUCUACAACAGACCACUGGAUUUCAAUGACUUGAGUUUGAUCCGCUUUGGACGAGCUGCUGCCACCACUGCUGUCAUCAGCUACGACUAUCUGACUGCUUUCAAAUAUGUGCAGUAUGACACCGAGGAAUAUUGGGCCCUUAAGUCCAAGGUACAUCGCCGUUCGGCGGAGCGUCUUCGAGAUCUGUGCUGCGCAAAUCGUGGUACCUUUAUCAAGGUUGGCCAGCACCUGGGCGCUCUGGAUUAUCUUCUUCCCGAAGAGUAUACGUCCACCCUGAAGAUCCUCCACAGUCGAGCUCCUCAGAGCAGCAUGGAGGAGAUCGAGCAGGUCAUCAGAGAGGACCUUGGCAAAGAGCUGUCAGAGUUGUUUGUUUCCUUUGAUGAGAGGCCUCAGGGAGCCGCCUCUUUAGCCCAAGUCCAUAAAGCAGUGCUGCACGAUGGCAGGACGGUGGCUGUUAAGGUGCAACACCCCAAAGUCCAAAGACAAAGCUCCAAAGACAUCUUUGUGAUGGAGGUGUUGCUAAGAGGCGUCCAUUGGCUUUUCCCUGACUUUGCCUUUAUGUGGUUGGUGGAAGAGGCCAAGAAAAACAUGCCACUGGAGCUGGACUUUCUUAACGAAGGACGCAAUUCAGAAAUGGUGGCAAACAAGCUGGCCCACUUAACCUUUCUCAAGGUUCCCAUCAUCCACUGGGACUUGUCCACUAAGAGGGUUCUGACCAUGGAGUUUGCCGAGGGCGGGCAGGUCAACGAUAGGGAGUACAUGAAAGCGCACGGCAUCAAUGUCAAUCAGAUUUCCGAACAUCUGGGCAAGAUGUACAGCGAAAUGAUCUUCGUCCACGGCUUUGUUCACUGUGACCCCCACCCUGGCAACGUGUUGGUGCAAAAGUGUCCAAAAAGCAAGAAGACGGAGAUCAUCCUACUCGAUCAUGGCCUUUAUCAGGUCCUCCAACCAAAGUUCCGGAUCAACUACUGUCGGCUUUGGCAGGCUCUCAUUCAUCGGGACAUGGCCGGGGUGGAGCGUUACAGUCGCAAACUGGGAGCCGGAGACCUCUACCCGCUCUUUGCUUGCGUACUCACCGCUCGUUCCUGGGGGGCCGUCAAUUCGGGCAUCGCUUGUGUGCCCGUCACGCUCUCAGAGGAUGUGGAAAUCCGGACCAACGCAGCUCUUUACCUACCCCAAAUCAACAAUCUGCUGAAUCGGGUUCCUCGGCAGAUGUUGCUCUUAUUGAAGACCAAUGACCUUCUGAGAGGAAUCGAAAGCACUCUGCAGACCAGAGCGUCGUCGUCCUCCUUCAUCAACAUGUCACGCUGCUGUAUACGUGCUUUGGCUAGACACAAAAGGAGCCAGAGUCGGUCCGGCAGAAGACGUUUGCAAAUCACGCUGACCGAGUCCUUCCACCUUUGGAGACUCAGUAUGUACGAGUUGUUUUUAUGGUUGAAGGGCUCUGUGUUGGGACUCGGCCUUUCUACCCUGCUGGCAUUUCUACACUAACGCGAGCGAGCGUGAAGCUGACCGACGGUUGUCUCUGAAGCUGCCCGACCGCUGUCUCCUCACCAGUUCUGCCCAUACAAUUCAGAGACUUGUAUCUUCCCGCACUUAUCAGAAGAGCUUUUGUCAUGUCUUGUCCUCUUGCUGAAUUGCUGUAUGAUAAUACGAGUACCAAUACUAGACUUUAUUCAGCUAGCCAGCAACCAAAAGUGUGUCAUGUUUUUAGAGCAUGUAUCAUUGUGCAUCAUGGGAUCAAAUGUUUCUACAUCCAUACUAGAAUAUUAUCACAUGCUGUGCCAUUUGACUCACUCUUUGUCAUCUGCUCGAGGCUUUGAUUGCAUGCUGGCCGGAGGACCUCAGUAGUCGAAUGAGAAUGUCACAACCAAACUGCGCUUUUGUUUAUUUUGUAAACAAAGAUGAUACUGGAAAUACAACAUACUGAUUUGAAAUACCGUUUUUUUCCAUGUAUAAUGCGCAAAAUCUAACUAAUUUAUUGUCCUAAAAUCUGGGGUGCGCAUUAUACAUGGGUACAAAAAAAACAAAAAAACUUUUUUUUUUUUUUUUAUCCGGAGAUCAUACGGAGGCCGCCAUUACAGAUGCGCUUUCUUCUCUGCUGUUCACUUCAAACACGCUCCAUACGAACACAAUGCUCUCGUAUCAGACGCUUGCUCGAUCACCUGCUCGUUUGCUGUCACAAUGUACCCUACACAAAUCCGAAACAUUUCUUUGCUAUUAAGUUAGCUAGCGCAUGCGCAGUGAUACUGACCGGCAGAAUAACAUCCGGUUGUUCCCAAAGAUGAUCUUUUUUCUGAAAUAAUUUUACGUUUACGGACUUAAGUAGGAGUCAAAAUUUGGGUGCGUAAUAUACAUGGGUACAGACUUUUUUCCAGCAUCAACAUGCCAUUUUUAGAGUGCGUAUUAUACAUGGGGGCGCAUUAUACAUGGAAAAAAACGGUAAGAGAUGAACUAUGUAACAGCUGUUCUGGUCAAUAUUUGACACCUUUAUUAUCUUAAUAAAUACUCACAAACCAA